AUGGUUUUGUCAUAAUAAUCAUAAAAUAUUUUUAUAGAAAGUGAUUUUGAUGAUUAAUUACAAUUAAAACAUAUUGAGUAGUAAAUAGCAAAAUAGAUAAUAACAAUUCCUCAAAUCUAGAAUGGAGUAAUUAUUUCUUCACUUAUCUGUGAAAUUUUUCAUUUACCAUUAUUAGGAAAAUAUUUUUGUUUUCUUUAGAGAUUAAAUGGAUAUAGUAUCUUUUGUGUGGAUAUAAAUUAAGAAAUUCUUUUAAUUGAUAAAGAUUCAUUUUAAUAGAAAUAAUUAACUUAUAUUGAAUUUAAAGUAGAAACUGACUUUGAAGAAAAUUGUGAAGAAUUGUUUUAUGAUAACUCAUAAUUUUUAGUAUUCUGCUUAUUUAGUAAUCAAAUAAGAGCUAAGUCAAUAAAUUUAUAAAGCAUAACUUAAAUAAUAAAUGUUUAUUAAUUAGAUUAAAUAUAAUAAAAGAAUUGCAAAAGAAAAUACAUUAAAAUUUCAGAUGAUAAUUAUUUUUUAAUACAUUUUUAAUGUUAUUUUUGGGACAUUUUAAAUUUCUAAAAUAAUUAAAUUACUUUAUUUUUAAAUAAUGAAAUUGCACAACAUAAUUUUAAUGUAAGUAUUUCUUUUAUUUCAAAUUUUCAAAUUUGUUCCUAUUAUUUAUAAUCAAAUUAGCUAUUCUAGUUGACAUAUCUAAUAACAGAUAUAGGAUAUCAUCAUCUAACUAUUAAAUCAAAUAAUUUGCUUAUCUAUAAUUAUUUUAUUAAAAAAGAAAAUUUAGAAAAGAUCUUAUUUAAUUCUAGAUGUUUACCCAUAUCCUUUAUAUAAUCAUCUGAUAGUAAAGUAAUAUUUGAAUUUUAAAAUAUAAAAAAAGAAUUCGAUAGUAAUUAUUUUGACAGUUAUUAUUUUAAUAAUAUUCUGUUUUUAUAAACAUUGAAAGGACUUGAAUUAAGUUAUAAUGAUAUACUUUAUUAAUACCUGCCAAUUAAUUUUAUAAAAUUACAUAUCUCUCCAUUUUUUAACUUAUUUUAUUAAAUAGAUAACAACACUAAUUAAAUUUUGCUAUUUCAAUUUUUAUUACAUUAAAAUUUCAUUUAGCCAACUAAAAAAUAUCUAUAUGAAAUUGCUGAUUAUCGAAUUAAUUAUUUUAUAUCUUAAUGUUAUUAUAUUGAAAAUAUUUAAUCAAAUAUUAAUGGAAUAUAUAGUUUAAUAUUUGAUAAUAUUUGUUAAAGUGUUGAAAAUCUAUUAUUGUAAAAAUAUGCUACACAAUUACCAAAACAAUAUUAUAUUUAAAUAUAACAUGAUCCAAAAACAUAAAUUUUAAAUAUUACUGAUUAAUAUCAAAUUCAUGAAAAAUGUACUAUGAUAAAUGAAAACAAUCUAGAAUCAUUGAAAUUAAAUAUUAUCUAUCAUUCUUAAGAAUUUAAUGUUAUUCUAAUGAAAGGGGAAAACAUAUUGAUCUUUAAGCAUUGUGAUAGUGGUCAUUUAUUCAAAUUUACUAUUUUUGAAUAAUAAGUAUUUUUCUAUAAAACUAAUAUAAUUUUAAUAAGAAAAAAUAGUAAAGAUAUUAGACUUAUCCAAUAUUAAUUUGAUGAAAUAAAAUAACUAAAUAAACAAUUAAAAUAAGAUAUUUUAAAUAUUCUUUAAUUUGAAUAAUACAUUCUAAUUAUGACUUAAAAUAAAGAAAAUUAUAUGUUAAUUGAUAUUUAAGCUUAGUUAAUCAUAUCAUAAUCUUAAUAAAUGUUUGAUUAUCUAAAUUAAAUAAAAUCAACUAAAAUAGAAGAAAAUUAGGAAAAAUAAAUCUUCUUUUAUUAUUUAGGAGAUAUAAUUUUUCUAUAAUAUAAUGAACAAUUUAUUUCAUUUUUUAAACAAAAAUAUUAAUAUUUUGUAAUGAAAAAUCUUCAAAUAAUAAAAAUAUAAAAAGUAAUAAUUAAUUUGCAUUAAAUUUUGGCAGUACAUCAAAUAUAGGAUAUCUUAUAUCUUUUUUAUUUAAAUUAAGAAGAAUUAAUAAAAAUUUAUGAAUUUUCAUUCGAUAAGGCAAAAAUUGUAAGGCCAUUAAUUUACACAAUAAAUUAAAAUUGUUUAAUAAUUGCAGUUUAACAAGAACAAGAAUAUUAAUUACUUAUUUUCACAAUCUUUAAAAAUAAAAAUCUAUAAUUAAUAAAAACUAUAUAAAUCAGUAAACUAUAAUUCUUUUUAGAAAAUCAUUAUUUAUAUUAUUUUGACUUAAACUUUAAUAUUAUGGUUUAUAACAUUAAAUAUUUUGAAUUUACUUUAUAAAAUAUUGAUCCUUUAUAAAUUAAUGCAAUUUCUUCAUAAAAUUUAUCGUUUGAUAUUAUUUCCUUAAAUUCAAUUGAGACUAAUAAAACUAUUUAGAUUUAAUUAAAACAAAUAAAUUUAUGUUGUAAAUUAUUUGCUAUAGAUAAUCAAAAAACAUUAUUGUUUAAGAAUAAUAAAUCUCUGAAAAUUCACUUAGACACAAUAUUUUUGGGAUGUAUAGACUAAUUGAGCUUGCAAAAUUAAAACCAAAUCUAUUUAAAAGGCCCAAUUUUAUUGAAAGCAAAUAUUAACAAAAAUCAAAUAUUUUCAAAUCUUACAAUUAAAACACUAUAUUUUUAUGAUUCUAAUAUUAAUUAACAAAAUAAAUCAAAGAUUAUAUAUAUCAUAAAUAUUGAUAUUAAAGAUUAAAUUAUUGUUUAUAAUUAAGAAAUGAAAAACUUCUUGAAUAAAGAAUAUGGUAGGUUAUUAGAUAUAAAUUAUAUAUUUAACUAAUUUUUAAUAAUCAUGUUUAUUUCUCAUUAAAAGGAUCUAUCAUAUAUAAGGUUUCUCUUAAAAGACAAUUAAUUUACUCUUAUAGAUCAACAAUAACUUCAGAGUAAAAUUGAUGUAAUAAAUGAAUUUGAAUUUUAUAAUACUAGAAAUCUGAUUAUUUUUAAAUAAUAAUUAAAUUAUGAACUAUGGGUUGUUGAGAAUUAAAGUAUAGAUUAAAUCAAAAAUACUUUUUAAUAAUCAAGAGUUCUUUUUAUAUAAAAUACUGAUAAAUUAUAUAUUUCUGUAUAAUUUACAUAAAUGAAUAAGGAGUGGGAAAUAUAAAUUUUUGCAUUAGAAUAAUUAUAAAUUUAAUUAAAUAUCUUAAGAUUAAUUAAAAGAGAUAUAAUUAUUUCAGAAUUAAAUAAAUAUGUAGUUUUACAAGAAUCUAAUUAUAUAUCAGAUCAGUAAAUUCAUUUACUAGAAGCAUAAAAACUUGACAAUAAUGUAUAAUUAAUUAUGAUUCUUAAUUUUAACAAAUUUUCAAUAUUAGGGAGAUUCAAUAUUAGUUUAAUCAAUUUAGAUUAUAGUUUUAAUGUUGUAAAAGUAAUUAGAACCAAAAUAUAAGAAGGAAUAUUAGCACCUAAAUAUUAUGACUAAAAUAUUUUAAUAUUAACAUCAUUGCAAAAUUACGUUUAUUUAUUUGAUCUUAGAUAAUAGAAAUUAAUGUGUGACUAUAUAAAUAAUUUAAGCAUUAUUAAUUUUGCAAUGUAUGCUAUCAAUAGUACACACUACUUAUUUUACUAUGUAGAAUCUGAUGAAUUUCAUAUUGGAGAAAUAGAUUAUGAAUUAGAGAUUAUAGACUCCUAAAUUGAAUAAGUAAGCAUUACUUUAAUUUCUUAAAAUUCAGUAUCAAUAGCUCAAGUUGAUUUAUUAAUUUUGGUUGAGUAAGAUGUCCAAAUAAAUAGAAUCAACAUAAUAAUCACUAUUUUAAUUCUUAUUAUUCUUAUUGUUUUACUCAAACUCAAUUGUAAUAGAAUAAAAAGAAAGUAAAUUCUAAAUAUAUAGAAUAUCAGUUCUAUUGAGUUAGGUUAAUCAAAUAUUAAAUGA